ACGUCUCCUAAUCGUGGAAAAGAACAAUACCGUGAACGCAGUUUCCACUGCGAGCCUCAACGGAACUCGUGUGAGGUCACUGAAACGCCGACUACGCACUCAGCGACAUGAACGUGCCGGCGAUGCUGGUUCCGGCAGACCCUGCUUUGCCGGACGUUGAUCUUGAAGACGAAGAAUGGGAAGACGUUGAAGUCGAAGAGAUGGACCCCGCAAUGGCCAACCAGGAACUCGAGGAAGAGGUCGCCGAUUAUCUUCCGGGCGAAGACGACAUGUCCGCCGGUAUGGAGCCCGUCCUGCAACAGAUCUGCCUCUUCGUAGGGACUCUGGUCAUCGCCGUAUGCAGCGCGUUCGCCGUUUACAAGGAGGUGUACCCCACGUUAUUCAGCUUCUCUCUGAUGGCCGUCGUGGGUGGCGAGAUUACGUCGCUGUGGAUGCCCAUGACCUGGGCAGGACCUCUGCUCGCCCUGAGCUUCGUCAGCGCCGCCAAGCUGUACAACGACGAAGACAUGGCCGAAGAACUGGCAGCUGCAGAGGAGGAAGACACAAGACGCCCAAUGGACCGCAGGAGAGGAUAGACAUCGGCAGCGCCAGAUAAGGUGUAUCCAUGGAUGAUCACCGUACGCUGCCUGAAAUCAUAUAAAGCGUACUUCGCUUUUUUAUGCAGUGUAAGAAGAAACUAAGCCGACGGAAUCUAUAGUGCACGUUUGGCUAGCACUUUCAUAGGCAGUAGUUUGUGAGCAUAUGUUACGACACCACCCUCUCAAAAGAAGAAAAGAUGCACUCAACCUCUUGUGUGAAAUAACACACAAGAUGUUGUUACUGUUCUCAUUGUUCUCUCGUUGUUGCUGUUCUCAUCGUUGUCAUAGUCAUCGUUGUUGUGUUGUGUUUGUUUCUCAUGGACACAAGUGUUUCGGAGUAUGAAGGGUGUUUUUUUUUAUUGGGAAUAUACACAAUUAUUGUAAAAUUUUUCGGA